AUGUCGGGCGGGAUCGAACCGAGGGCGACGGCUGUGCCCAACCGAUCGUCGGCCAGCCUGUUCCAGCAGCACCAGCUCCAGCAGCUGAAGGCGCAGAUCAUGGCGUACCGGCUGCUGGCCCGCAACCAGCCCAUCCCCAGCAACUUCUUGAACCUGGCCAUCGGAGACCCGCUGCUGCUGCUGGACGAGCGUGAGAACCGGCUGGCGGCGCGCAUUUCGUUGCGUAUCGACCAGCUGAGCGGCCUGCCCGGCUCGCUGGCCGAGGACGUGCGCAUGAGGUCGCAGAUCGAGCUGAGAGCGCUGCGCCUGCUCAACUUUCAGCGCCAGCUGCGGCAGGAGGUGCUGGAGAUGACCCGGCGGGACACCACACUCGAGACGGUCCACAACCCAACCCUCUACAAGCGUAAGAAGCGCCAGGGCCUGCGCGAGGCGCGCAUCACGGAGCGUCUUGAGAAGCAGCAGCGCUAUGAGGCCGAGAAGAAGAAGCGUCAGAAACACAUGGAGUACCUGGCGGCGGUGCUGCAGCACGGCAAGGAGCUGCGCGAGUUCCACCGCAACGGCCAGCUGCGGCUGCAGAAGGUGAACAAGGCUGUGCAGGUGCACCACGCCAACACGGAGCGCGAGAAACAGAAGGAGCAGGAGCGCAUCGAGAAGGAGCGCAUGCGCCGACUGAUGGCCGAGGACGAGGAGGGCUAUCGCAAGCUCAUCGACCAGAAGAAGGACAAGCGGCUGGCGCUGCUGCUGCAGCAGACCGACGAAUACAUCGCUAACCUCACCGAGAUGGUCAAGCAGCACAAGGCGGAGCUGCGACGCAAGAAGCUGGAGCAUGAGCGGGCGCGCCACGACGGCGACCCGAGCGAGCAGCGCGUGAUCGUCACAAACACCGAGAGCGGCCUGACGCUGGCCGGCGAGGAGGCGCCGCGCGCCGCCGAACUCCAGGCGUGGCUGGACGCCCACCCGGGCUGGGUGGUGGCGCCGGACGAGUACGAGGAUGACCCGGAGGAAGAGCAGCAGGAGCAGAAGCAGGGUCAAGAGCACGGUCAGGGGCAGACCGUCGAGCCGGAGGCAGAGGGCGACCCCGCAGCCACCGCCUCCAAGACGCGCGCCGACGAUGACGAGUAUAAGAAGGCUGAGGGCGAGGCCAACUACUACAGUAUCGCCCACGCCAUCCAUGAGACGGUGACGGAACAGGCGUCCAUCAUGGUGAAUGGCAAGCUGAAGGAAUACCAGGUCAAGGGUCUCGAGUGGCUUGUCUCCCUGUACAACAAUAACUUGAAUGGAAUUUUGGCGGACGAGAUGGGUCUGGGCAAGACUAUCCAGACGAUCGCGCUCGUCACCUACCUGAUGGAGAAGAAGAAGGUGAACGGGCCGUACCUCAUCAUCCUGCCGCUCUCCACGCUCUCCAACUGGGUGCUGGAGUUCGAGAAGUGGGCGCCGUCGGUGCGCGUGGUGGCCUACAAGGGCUCGCCGGCGGCUAGGCGCCACAUUCAGAACCAGAUGCGCGCCUCCAAGUUCAAUGUGCUGCUCACAACGUACGAGUACAUCAUCCGCGACAAGGCAGCGCUCUCCAAGAGCCGCUGGAAGUACAUGAUCAUCGACGAGGGCCACCGUAUGAAGAACCACCACUGCAAGCUUACCAUGGUGCUGAACACGUCGUACGGCGCGCCGCACCGGCUCCUGCUGACGGGCACGCCGCUGCAGAACAAGCUGCCCGAGCUGUGGUCGCUGCUCAACUUCCUGCUGCCCUCCAUCUUCAAGGCCGUCUCCACCUUCGAGCAGUGGUUCAACGCACCGUUCGCCACCACUGGGGAAAAGGUGGAGCUGAAUGAGGAGGAGACGAUCCUCAUCAUCCGCCGACUGCACAAGGUGCUGCGCCCGUUCCUGCUGCGCCGCCUCAAGAAGGAGGUCGAGUCCCAGCUGCCCGACAAGGUGGAGUACAUCAUCAAGUGCGAGAUGUCGGCCGUGCAGCGUCUGCUCUACCGGCACAUGCAGUCCAAGGGCAUCAUGCUGACGGACGGCAAGAGCGGCGGCGCCGGCCGCGGCGGCUCCAAGGCGCUCAUGAACACCAUCAUGCAGCUGCGCAAGCUGUGCAACCACCCGUUCAUGUUCCAGCACAUCGAGGAGGCAUACUGCAAGCACGCCGGCUUCCCGAGCAACGUCGUGACGGGACCCGACCUGUUCCGGGCGUCGGGCAAGUUCGAGCUGAUGGACCGGAUCCUGCCCAAGCUGAAACACUGCGGCCACCGCGUGCUGCUCUUCUGCCAGAUGACGCAGCUGAUGGCCAUCAUGGAGGACUAUCUCAACUACAAGUGCUACAAGUAUCUCCGGCUGGACGGCACCACCAAAGCAGAGGAACGUGGUGACCUGCUGAAGGCCUUCAACGAGCCCAACUCAGAGUACUUCCUCUUCAUGCUGUCCACUCGCGCCGGAGGACUGGGCCUCAACCUGCAGACGGCGGACACGGUGGUGAUCUUCGACAGCGACUGGAACCCGCACCAGGACCUGCAGGCGCAGGACCGCGCCCACCGCAUCGGCCAGAAGAACGAGGUGCGCGUGCUCCGGCUCAUGUCCGUCAACACGGUCGAGGAGCGCAUCCUGGCCGCCGCCAAGUAUAAGCUGAACAUGGACGAGAAGGUGAUCCAGGCUGGCAAGUUUGACCAGAAGUCGACGGGCACGGAGCGCCGCCAGAUGCUGCAGAGCAUCCUGCAGGACGAGGAGCUGGACGAGGAGGAGGAGAACGAGGUGCCCGACGAGGAGACGGUGAACCAGAUGAUCGCGCGCAGCGAGGAGGAGCUGCAGAUCUACCAGCAGCUGGACCUGGAGCGGCGGCGCGACGAGGCGCGCCUGGGCGCCCAGCGCCGGCCGCGCCUCAUCGAGGAGUCCGAGCUGCCCGACUGGCUGCUGCGCGACGAGGCCGAGAUCGACGAGCUGACGCGGGAGGAGGACGACAGCGGCCUGUUCGGCCGCGGCAGCCGCGCCCGCAAGGAGGUCGACUACUCGGACCGGCUCAACGACCGAGACUGGUUACGCGCCAUCGGGGCGGUGGACGAGGACGGCAACGAAAUUCUGGAGGACGAGGAGGAAGAGCAGGUCAAGAAGCGUGGCCGGCGCGCGGGUCCGUCCCGUUCAUCCGGCACUGGGCGAAAAAGAGCGCGCGACGAUGAGGACGAGCGGCCACGCAAGAAGCGAGGCCGACCGAGCGGCGUGGUGGCCGUCACCCCGCGCAUGCGCAGAGCCAUGCGCAGCGCUGUCCAGAGCCUUGUUGACUACACGGACGCGGACGGCCGAGUGCUCAUCGAUCCGUUCUUUAAGCUGCCGUCGCGGAAGGAGCUGCCGGACUACCACGAGGUCAUCAAGAAGCCGAUGGACGUCAAGAGGAUGCUGGGCAAGAUCGAGGACAGCAAGUAUGGUGACCUGGACGACCUGGAGGCCGACGUCACGCUCAUGUGCAAGAACGCCCAGCAGUACAAUGAGGAGACGUCGCUGAUCUACGAGGACAGCAUCGUGCUGGAGCGAGUGUGGGCGGCGGCGCGGCGGCAGACCGAGCUGCAGCUGGCGGCCGCGCCCGACAACGAGAACGACGAGGAAGAGGACGAGGAGGACUCCUCCUCGAAGCGCAAGUCUCGCGGUAGCCGUCACGUCCCGAAAAAGCGCCGGAAGCGGAUCGUGGAGGACGAGGAAGACGAGGAUGAGGACGAAGAGUUGGGCUAGCAUGGCACACACUGAACGCUCGAUGCGUCUGUUCACGUGUACGUCCGUGCGUGUGUGCAUGGACAGUCAUCUACGGUGCCUUACGAUCUUCGAUGCGUGGUUCGGUUCACCCUGGUUGGGUGAUUGGCUGGUGCGCCUGUUCGUUCAGUGCGUCAGAGGCGGCGGUGCGCUCACUCGCGAUGUCCCGUCCGCGCGCCGCGCCCGGCGCUCCGUGCGUCGUCAGCUUGUGAUGUCACCGGUAGGUAGCGGUGACGUCACCGGUCCGUCCAGGCCGGGCGGGCCCGGCUGUGCGGUGGUGAGCGCCGCGCGUGCUCCGCUGUCCGCCUGGCGUGCCCGUGGAGGCGCCGUCUCCCAGAGGCCACGCCGGCUCAGCGACGGGCUGCGCUUAGCUCGUGCUCUAGCUUAGGUGGGCGGGCAGUGUGCGCACGCGGGGGCGCUGUGAGGCGGUGGGCAUGGCGCGACUCGCCCCACCGGGGGGUCGGAAGAUCUCGGGGGUGGGGGAGGGCCCCGGGGUGCGCGUACACGGAAGUCCGCUUCCCAGGCGCCAGCGACACCGCGGAGCAUUGCCGGCGGCGUGGUACGCACUCUUUGGUAUUGCUAGGUGCGGGGUUGCAGCAAUAAAGCGCUCGGAUAGCGAC